AUGCGCCCCGUCACACGCCUACCUCUACGAGAGGCAUUGUAUGUCUGCUCGAGCUGCAGGCAAGAAGCCGUUCCACGUGUCUCCCCGCUCGCCCGUCAAUUCCAACACCAGACCCGUCGCUACGCCUCCGACUCCCCGUCUUUCCUCGACCGCACCCGUCGCAAGCUGUGGAACUCUGAAAAGCCACCUGGCGCGGCCGACCCGUACACCGGAGACUCUCAGCUGUCACAACAGCCCACUGCCGCGGACGGCGAAUUGGCUGGAGGUGAGACCUCUGAGCUCGCCAAGGGCGACAACUACGUCCAGGCGGAGACCUGGGCCGGAUUGGCAAAGGUUGGAUACCUUCCUGAGCAGAAAUGGACUCAGGUUGGCAGUUCCAGUGCCGAUAAAUAUCACCGAUUCGGUGAACAAACCCGCACUCGUCCUAUCCUUCCUGCUGCCCACCAAACCGCCGUGGAGAUCUGCCUGCUUCACCUGCUGGGCAAACCCCUGGACAGCAUCUGCCAGGUCAACCGACACAACACCCAGAUUCGCGAGAUGAUCGAGAGCUGUACCGUCCAGCCCUCCGAAACCCAGGGAUGGGAGAUCAAGUUUCCCGACGAGCAAACCAAGGAAGCCCUCGUCUUUGUUUUCAAUCAGAUUGGAGGAGAGGAAGCGGCCCAAAUUGAGUCGACCGAGUUCGUCAAGCGCGAUCGCCAAGUCGAGACCGAGCCCUACCGACUUCUCUCCUUGGUUGACCCUAAGAUCAAGUUUGCUUACAUUAAGCGCCUGAGCCAGCUGCACAACCGUCGUAUCCCAGACAAGGCUAUUACCGCAUCUAACUCCAUCGGCGAACUGAUUGUCGCCCUCUCAUCCCGAUUGAAGGAGAAGCCCAAGAAUGUCACCAAGUCGCUGCACAGCGCUUGGGACGCUGGCCUGCUGCCGCCCAGCCUCGCUUUCCAGUCCACUCGGAUCCGCCAGUCUGACCGCGACGAGGACGCUGGUCGCAAGAAGGUCAUUUACUCCGAGUACAUUCAACGCGGCCUCAUUACCCCCAAGACGAAUAUCAGACAUAAGAAGCCGGAGACGCGCCAGGGUCGGGCUUAA